AUGUCUUUGCACUAUCUCCCCGCCGUCAAGCCCUCGGCCAUCGCCCUCGGCACGAUUUUCAACCACACCACCGAGCUCGCCGUACUCAGCCCCAUCUUCGGCCAGACGUACCAGCGUGCCAAGGCCUCCAACACAAAGGAGGAGUUCCUCCGCUCGCGGGAGGCUACCGGUGCCGCUGUCGCGUGGGGCACCUCGCUUGUCGGCUCGGCUCUGCAGUCAUACGGUGUCGGCGCUCUGAUCAAUGCUACUGGCACGCUCAGCUAUAAGGGCGCUGCUUACCUGGGCGGUUUGAUCUUUGCUGCUACUAGCGCUCCUACGUUCUUCAGCCAGCUGCUUGUGGAGAAGCGGGCGCUUGAGCAAGUCGGUGUCAGUGUUCUGGCCAAGCUGUUUGAGACUGUCGGCCUGUCUCUCAUCCUGACCUGGUGGGGAACUCGCACCAACCCCUUUGAGCACACCGGCGCCGGCGGCACCCCUCUCGGCCGCAGCCCUUUCCGGUCCGAGUAA